ACAGCCCCGAAUCCAAAAUUUCAGCCUUGUAAGCCACAACCGAUCCCGCCAUUGACACGCAUUAACAAGCGAACCAUAAUGACAGAAGCAAAAGAUGAAGCCAAUGCAACACAGCCUCAAAACUCACCGGCAACUCGUCAAAAGUACGAAGAAGCCAAACAAGAGCUACAAGCUCUUCUAAGCCGCAAGAAACAAGUCGAUAACAACCUUGCAAAUUUGGAACAUUCUAUUUAUUUGUUUGAAGGCUCCUACUUGGAGGAUACACAGCAAAACGGAAAUAUCAUAAGAGGGUUUGAUGGCUACUUAACCAAUCGACCAGAUAAGAAGAAGCAAAAGUUCACAGAGUUUGACCGAUUGUUCUCAUUAUCAUCUUCUACUUAUCAAAAGGCGUUGUCAUUGAAAGACGAUCAAGAUUAUACUUCACGGCAAGAUAACUCGUACUCUUCACAUCGAAAUGAGAAGCGGAAACAUAGGCUAGGAGAGCGGGACAUGAAUCGUAAGAGUGGGCGCAUAGGAUCCCACGAUCGCGAUACGGAAGAGGAUGAUGCGUAGCUUUUAGUGAAGCAAGUUAGUAUAGACCUACCUCUUUCUAUGAAUUUUUUGUAUAUAAACUGUGGACCAACAUUGGUUGGAGCCUUCCACUUUCUUCUCCGCCCUGACCUCACUUUGAUAGCUCCGACUUUGGUGCAUUUCUGCUUCGAGCACGAUCCUUUGACAUGUCACCGCUAACUGGUAGUAAGGUUGCCCCAUUUGUGCAGAGAGUACUCAAGGUAUGUGGAAUGGCGAAUGGGUAGAGAGACUGUAAGAC